AUGGGUAUUGAUAUAUGUCACAAGAAUGAUAGGAAGGUUCGUCGUACUGCGCCGAGAAGUGAAGAUCCGUACUUGCGAGUGCUUGUGAAGCUGUAUAAGUACCUUGCGCGCCGUACUGGAAAGAAGUUCAAUAGAAUCGUCUUGAAACGUUUAUUUAUGGCAAAACGUCAUCGUCCGCCAAUGUCGAUUGCCAGGCUCAUAAGAAACCUUAAAAGGGGUGACAAUCUGAAGAAGAUCGCUGUAGUCGUUGGAACGAUCACUGAUGACCAUCGAAUUUAUAAAAUACCAAAAUUAACCGUAUGUUCAUGGGUAGCAGCUCUUCGAGUUACUGAAAAGGCACGAGCACGUAUACUAAAAGCAGGUGGCAGAAUAUACACAUUCGACGAACUUGCACUGAAAGCCCCGAAAGGUGAAAAUACGUUGCUGAUUCAGGGACCACGCAAAGGCAGACUAGCGGAGCGUCACUUCGGACUUGCUCCGGGUGUGCCUCACAGUCAUACUAAGCCUCUUGUCCGUUCGAAGGGACGGAAAUUUGAAAGGGCUCGUGGGCGCAGGAAGUCACGCGGGUACAAGAACUAA